AUGUCAAGGUUCCCUCCGGUUAUCUUGGGUUCAAGCUCAGUUCGUAUCUGGGGAUCUAUGCUAAUCAUGGUGUACAUGAGGCGGGCAGCCUCUGGAGAUCAAGUACAAGGCAGUCUAGGCCACAGUGAGGUCAUAGUGGUUCCGGACCGCUGUCUUCUAAGGUUCAAGCAGCAUGCCGCUGCAUCGUGCACGAUGGUGCGUCCACUCAUCUACAACACACCUGAGGAGAAGAAAAAUGCAGCUCGAGUUUACAGAAGGAUGUACUAUGAAAGGAAGAAAGAGGAAAUCAGCGUCAAAAUGGCAGCCAAGUACCAAGCCAAAAAGAUGGCCAGCCAAAUCAUGGACUCUGGACGACACAUGCAAACUCUGCCAAAGUUAUCCUGCUUAACCAACAUUCAUGUCAUGAAACUUUCACACCCUGUAAUUUGUGAUGUUGAUGACACUGAGGCAAGCCUACUGACCUGUUCGAUAUUCAACACACUAUAUGCACAAAUGAUUCAGGGCCCCGGGGACCAACAGAUUGUCCUUGCAAUGCUUUCAGUUCGCCUGGAAGUACUUGAGUCUAUUCAGGAAUAUGUACGGUUAUGCCACAGGGGGAAGUCUCAUUUCUCCGCUGCAAUCAUGGAGCAUCUCAGCAAUUUGUUUUAUCAAUGCAAAUUGGUGACUGCUGCCACCGAAGAGCUCUGGUGUUAUGCAGCCAUAAGCGAGAUAGAUGUGGAGAUGCUUACAAAAUUCAGCCAAGGAUCAUUACUAUUCCAAUACUUGUGA